CUGUAGCAACACCACUGUGACGUCACAGAAGAAGCAACCUAUAACGAUGGUGUAAAAUUCCAGAGCUUCAGCUAUUUACUAUUUUUGAGCUGUGUGAUGGAUAAACAGACUAACUUUGUCGAAGAAAUUGUUAGUGAAUUGGUGGAAAAUCUACCACUGCGCCCCACGCGGCAUGCGGCAGGAACUGCAGGGGCCGGAGCUGGUGUUUCCACGCUUGAUGAUGGAGAGAGACCCGCAAACACCCCGCACACAUCUCCCACCCAAGUGCCGUCUGAAGUUGAGCCUAAUAUGGAGGAGGCCAAACUGAAGGAGAAGGAGGACAGAGAGGAGAAGGAGGAGGCCAAACUGAAGGAGAAGGAGGAGGCCAAACUGAAGGAGAAGGAGGAUGGAGAGGAGAAGGAGGAGGCCAAACUGAAGGAGGAGGACGGAGAGGAGAAGGAGGAGGCCAAACUGAAGGAGAAGGAGGACGGAGAGGAGAAGGAGGAGGCCAAACUGAAGGAGAAGGAGGAGGCCAAACUGAAGGAGGACGGAGAGGAGAAGGAGGAGGCCAAACUGAAGGAGAAGGAGGACGGAGAGGAGAAGGAGGAGGUCGAACUGAAGGAGGACGGAGAGGAGAAGGAGGAGGCCAAACUGAAGGAGAAGGAGGACGGAGAGGAGAAGGAGGAGGCCAAACUGAAGGAGAAGGAGGACGGAGAGGAGAAGGAGGAGGCCAAACUGAAGGAGAAGGAGGACAGAGAGGAGAAGGAGGAGGCCAAACUGAAGGAGAAGGAGGACGGAGAGGAGAAGGAGGAGGUCAAACUGAAGGAGAAGGAGGAUGGAGAGGAGAAGGAGGAGGCCAAACUGAAGGAGAAGGAGGACAGAGAGGAGAAGGAGGAGGCCAAACUGAAGGAGAAGGAGGACGGAGAGGAGAAGGAGGAGGCCAAACUGAAGGAGAAGGAGGAUGGAGAGGAGAAGGAGGAGGCCAAACUGAAGGAGGAUGGAGAGGAGAAGGAGGAGGCCAAACUGAAGGAGGACGGAGAGGAGAAGGAGGAGGCCAAACUGAAGGAGAAGGAGGAGGGAGAAGAGAAGGAGAAGGGAGAAGAGAAGGAGGAGGGAGAAGAGAAGGAGGAAGGAGAAGCGAAGAAGGAGGGAGAAGAGAAGGAGGAGGGAGAAGAGAAGGAGGAGGGAGAAGAGGUGGAGGAGGGAGAACGUGCGGUGCUGUCGGAGCAGAAGCCUAAAUUAGACCAGGCCGAAUGUCCUGUCUCAUACAGCGAGAACUCGGCUGAAGAGAAGCUGUUGGUGUCCAUGGCUGAAGACCUCCACGCUCGGUACUCGUCUCAGUACCCUGACCGCAAACCGCUGCUACUCUGCCCAGUCAAUGAGUUUGGAGUAAAGAAGUUUGUGUGCACCACGCUGCGGCGUAUACCGAUACCGUACCGUGAGCUGUAUGCCUGGCAGGGCUGUGCUAGUUUCAUCUCUGACUUUUUGACUUUGGAGCUGCUGGAAUGUCCAAGUGAAAUACCGAAACAGCUGUACUCUCCAACGUGGGUGGUGCGGAAUCAGAGAGGUACGUGUUUUGAUUACGCCACCUUGCUCUGCAGUUUAUUGCUGGGCACAGGCUACAAUGCGUACUGUGUCAGCGGCUACGCCGUCAAGGAGGUGUGUCUGCUCGAUCUGAGCAACCAGGAGUGUCCACUACUCAAACCUCAGGACACGGUUGAGGAGACGCGGUCUGAGCAGAAGAAGAAACUGAAGUACAUGGUUAAACCACCACGAGAGCUGAAAAGCACCUUCAAGCAGCGUCAGGAGGAGAAAAAACUUCAAGAGCAUCACGCAAUGCUCGCCAAACAGCAGGAAGCCGAGAGACUAAAGGAGGAGCAGGAGCAUUCUCCAGAUCCUCUGUGGGGCCUACGGGUUCACAGCUGGGUUCUAGUUCUGGCAGGGAAACGUGACAUAUCGGAGAGCUUCUUCAUCGACCCGCUCUCGGGCCAGAGCUAUCCCACGUCCAGCGCGUGUUUCCUCGGCAUCGAGAGUGUCUGGAACCAUGAGAACUACUGGGUCAACAUACAGGACUGCCGCUCCGGCUGUACGGAGAUGACAUAUGACCUGCGUGAUGUGCUAAAGUGGGAGUGCAUGAUGUUGUCCAGUAGCAGUUCACCACUAGACCCUCCUGAUGAAACAGAAGAAGAAAAUGAGGAGCAGAAUGAUGAGGAGACAGAAGAGCCUAAGGGUUAUGAGAUGCCUCAGUCUUGGGUUACACAAAUCCACAUCUCAGAAGAAGAUCUGGAAAGUCGCUUCCCUGGUGGGUCGAAGGUUAUCUGUUACAAGAACGCCAAGCUGGAGAAGUUUUCCCCUUAUUUCCUGAAGGACGGAUUAGUCAGAAGACUCUCUAGUUAUGAUGACCCGGAAUGCACUCAAGUCAACACGGUGAAUGAGUGGUAUGCGAACCGGCAUGAUGAGCUCCAGGAGAGGGAACUGAAGAAAGCCACCAAUGUCAUUACAGAGCGUUUCUCACCAGGAAGGAGCUUCGGCCUAAAAACUCAUAGGUACAUGACUCUGGGACCUGAGAUCGAGCAUGUUAUGGAGUUCUACAGCAAAGCUCGACAUGACAACUUGUUCAGUCGAGUCCAGACGGCGACAGAGAUGACGGAGACGUUUCAGGACCGUUCUGACUUCCUGGAUUGCUGGCACGUCAUUUAUGAACUUUUGGAGCCGGCACAAAAUCUUGGAGUUGAGCGACGCAUUCAGAAGGUUGUGGCAAAAUUCCACAGGGAUCGAUCCAAACCAGCCAGCCAGGAUAGGGCUGAACUAGUUUUCCAGAUUUCGCAGAAUCGAAUUGAGAUUACGUAUCAUCUGGAGGACAACAGUAUCAUUCCAGAUUUUAUCAUCUUUGAAAAACCUUCUAACAUUGACGACCCCUUCUCCGACAAGAUGGUCUCCAGCUUUAAGGUGGACCCGUUGGCAGAACCCUUCACAAACAUGGACCUGUACCAGACCCUCAUGGCAAUGAUGAAGGAGGAGAAGAAAUUCUUAAUCAGUAUCAAGGACUCUGAGGAUGAAGUGAGGAGCAUCUUAGAGGUAAGAGAGCAGGAGGAGAGUGCCAUUAUGCUUAAGAUCUCCAUGUACGACAUGGCCAGGAAUGAGAAGGCACGCCAAGAGAAGGAAAAGCUGAAGGACCUGGCCCGAGAGACGCAACUGAAGGAAGAGUACGAGGAUGUGGACAUCUUGACUCCGGUCUCGUCUCGGCAGGGAGACUCGGAGUGCCUGAGCGUGCAUAGCCAUGCAGACUGGCCCAACAACCAAAAGCAGAGACUUAUGGACAAGCGCAAGCCCAAACCCAAGCCCAAUCCCAUCAUGGCUCGAUUUCAAAAGGAGACUCGCGAGCUCCUGAAAAAGCAGCAGUGGUACCAAAUGAACAAGUCCAACUUGACAAAACAGGAUGAGGAAGAAUAUUUGACCUACUGCGCCGAAGCCAAGUUCAGAAUCAAACUUUUGAAACUGCGCCUCGACUGUGCUGCAGACGGUGCAGAUCUGAUUGGUCAGUAGGUGGUGAUACAUUUUCUCUAACAGCAGGUCUGACAGGAGGUUGACACGUCACAGGUUUAUCAUAAUCAAAUAAAAUCAACAUGGUCACAUACAUAACCAUACAUAG